AGCGAGUGGCCAAGAGAUAUAGUAACGACUGCAACCAAUGAAAGCGAAGCCGAAGCCAAAGCGACAAGAGCAGUGUUCAAGUUAGCUGUAGAACCAACCAACCCACCUGAUGGAAUCUUGACAAAGUUUUCCCUCAACAAAGCUGUAAGAGUAAACGCAUGGAUUUCUCGAUUUGUGUAUAAUUGUCGAGCGAAAGCAACUAAGAAAGAGACACGGUCGGGGCCGUUGACAACGCAAGAGAUAAACGACCAACACAGCGCUUAUGUAAAACAAGCCCAAGCAAUUCUAUACGACAAAGUGAGCGACGAUAAGCAACGCCUGGGUGUACAAAUGAAUGAAGAUG